AUGGAUAUCAGUAACGAUGAAAUGAAAGUAGAUGCAAAGGUAAUAUAUGAAUAUGACAUUGCCAAUCGAUGUCCAUCGGAGUGUGCAGCAAGAAUCAAACAGUUGUGUGAAGAAAGAAUGAGACAGAGAUUUGUAAAUAACAGCAAUAGCAAUAAUAAAAUCAAUAAGAGUAGUAACGGUCAACAAGCAGAUACCAGUUCAAAUGCCAACAACAACAAUCAGGCUAUACUUCAGACAUUCUUGGAUAUGAGAGAUACCAAUAGAUUCUAUCAGUUUCAAGCAGAGAACUCAAAGUUGGACGUAGAAAAAGAGCGACAAAAGUUUGAUAGUCUCAAUCUACUCUAUCAGAACUAUCUUUAUGAGAAGAAUCAUCUUUUAAAAGAAAUACAUUCUCUCUCUGAAUUUAAUAUAUCACAAUAUGAACCAAAUUUAGUUGAACAACUCUAUUAUGAGAGUGAAUCAAUCGAUAUACCAACGAUGCCAAUAGAUAUUGAUACAGAAGAGGAGAUUAAACAUAGUAAAAUCAUUCACCGAUUAAACUUUGAACUGAAAGAGAGAAUCAGAGUAUUGAAACAACUUACACAACUACAAGAACAGAAAAAGAAUGAAAUACAUCUUAAUCAAUCAAAACAAAACUAUAUAUCAUCGUUACCAAAGAUGGUAUCCGAUUUAUCAAAGAAACUAUUAACAAUACAACCAAAUCUAAAUUCAAGUUAUAAUCAAAAUAUAUUUCAUUUACCUAAACCUCUAUAUAUUAUAUAUUCAUCAGUGACAUCAUAUCAAUCUUCUACAAAGAAAUCGAAUUUAACAUUGAAAAUAGUGGGUGAUAUAGAAAAGGCAAUAGAUUUCAAUACAAAGAGUAAUGUUGCUGUUGUUGACAAUGAUGUUGACGAUGGUGGUGUGGUAGAUGGUGAAAUCAAUAAUGACCAGUUGAUAGCUGUAGCACAAUAUAUAAUACACCCAUUGUCAUUGAUAAUAGAAUUCCAGUGUGAGAAUCAAACAACACAACUACAGUUUCAUUCAGUUGUCAAUCUUAAUUUGGUGUCAUUGGUAACGACGGAUGCUCAAGACGAUUGCUUCCUUAGUAAUCUUUACUGUGGUAAUAACGUUGGUUGUGGUGGUGUUGAACUACAUCCAUCAAUACCCAUUCCAUUGAAUAGUAAUAACAAUAACAAUAGCAGCAGUAACAGCAACAGCAGUAACAGUAACAGUAACAUCAACAAUCAGAGUAGAUCUGGUAAGUUUUACGAUUGGGUACAGAUGCUCUCUGGAUUAGUUCAUCUACAAAGUACAGGUGUUUCUAGUUCUUCUUCUUCUUCCUCUUCUUCUUCUUCAGCUACCAAUACAAGUAUCUCCAAUUGGACGAUGGUGGCAACCAUACUCGGUAGUAUCGAGAAGAGAAUACAGAUUAAACAGAAACUAAAGAAACAGGUGAUUUCUCUAAAGAAGCAAAUCAUUACAAAGGCACCUACCGAUCAUCGCUUUGUUAUGUACAUCUUUGAAGAGUUGAAAGCGAAUACCAACAGCUCGACAUCAGCUGCAUUACUUACAUCUAUGUUGCCAUCGAUCAAUCAAUCCACAAACUGUCUCGCUGCCUUUAGAAUUAUAUUUAAUAAUGCAUAUGUUGAAAUUACAGUACAUGUCAUGCUGAGUGAAGCUGUAACCUAUUUAAAGUUAUUCUCAAAGUCUUUGAAACAAUCCGUAGAGAACAAUCCAAACAAUCUAUUGUUGGAGAAAGAAACUAUAAAGAGUAUAGAAUCAGAAUUGAACUUACAAUCAUUAUCACAAUCACAAACCAACAAUGAAGUUACAUUAAAUGAUAAAAUAGAAAGACUAAAGUCAAUUCUAAAUUAUUUAAGUGAUCCCUCAACUAUUAGGUCAAAGACAUUAGGUAGAUUAAGAAGAGGUAAAUUAAGAAUGUUACCACUUCAUUUCGAUACAACAUCCCAAUUGUGGACACAUAAAUAA